CAAGACGUAAACAGAGAAGUGUCCCUGAGAUACUAUGGGUGUCCAGGGACUAACCAGCUACGUGGAGGCCAACAGAGACUUCCUGCAGGAUGUGAGGUUCAGGGACAGUCGCUUGGUUAUUGACGGCUGCAGUCUGUAUUUCCACCUCUACUUUAACUGUGGUUUGGACCAGCAGCAUGGAGGAGAUUAUGAUGCUUUCUCCAGCCUUCUCUCUCAGUUUCUCGCUGCAUUGGCAUCCUGCAACAUCCAGCCAUAUGUGGUGCUAGAUGGAGGAAUGGAUCCCAGUGACAAAAAGUUUGCCACUCUGCGACAGCGUAUGCAGUCCAAGAUAAAGGAAGCAGAUGGUCUCUGUCAUGGUCGUCAUGGCUGUAUUCUCCCUAUCCUCACGCGAGAGGUCUUCAUUCAGGUCCUCAUCCAGAGAGCAGUACCUCUGGUCCAGUGCCCAGCUGAGGCUGAUUGGGAGAUUGCAUGCUUGGCUCACCAGUGGAACUGCCCAGUUGUGACCAACGACAGUGACUUUUAUAUAUUUGACCUACCAGGGGGUUACAUGCCACUUCGUUUUUUCCAGUGGACCAACCUUAAUGGAAAAGCCUCUCAACGCUACAUCUCGGCUCGGUGUUAUACCACUAACAGGCUGUGUUACUGGUUUGGGGGAAUGAAUCCGGAGUUGUUACCAUUAUGUGCUGUACUGACAGGGAAUGACUAUGGCACGCCAAAAGAUGUUGAAACACUCCUUACUAUAUUAGAUGUGAAUGAAUCAGGGGGAGGUGGUGUCAGGCGAAAAGGUAGAGGCUCUAUCUCUCGAAUUGAAGGCCUACUCAUGUGGCUGUCUUCUUUCUCGGAUACUAGGGAGGCCCUUGCUGAGGUUAGUAGACUAAUGGGGGAAGCACCCAGAUAUGGAAGAGGAAGAGGCAAGACAGGAGAGAAGGGAGGGCUGAGUUCACAGCUCUGGGCAGCCAUGCAAGAGUAUCACAUAGAACCUAAAAGCACUCUCGCUCGCUGGUUCUCUGGAGGUAAGGGAGUGCCAGGAUGUAGGACCUCAGGGUUCACCCAACUGCCAGAGUGCUUGUCACUGGCUGCAGCUAAGGGGCUACUGGCUCCCAUGGUUUUGGAUGCUCUGGUGAUGUGUAGGGUCCUGCUCAUACCUCAGGUGGAGAACAGCAAGCUAGCUAGCAGCCACUGUACUGCUAGAGCCCUACGGCAGGCUACAUAUGGGAUUUUACUCCAGCGAGACACAUCAGGCCAAGACAUCCUGAAUCAGGGGAGGAGCAGAAAUAUGCAUUUAGUGAAAGGACAGGGAGGCUUUGCACAAGUACAGGAGAUGAGGGUCCAAGAAAAUGUCACUCAGGUUAUGAGAGGAGGGCGGGGGCAGCGGGGAAGGGGAAGGGGUGGUGGUCAGGUUGGUGCAGCUAGAAGUUAUGAUCAAAUUUUGAACACGCAAGGUGAAAAUGUGUGUGGAGUUGGUGUAGCUGGAAUACAGGCACAGAGCUCUAAGAGUCACAUGUACGUAGAGGAGUAUGACCGCCUCGAUCUAAACCUAAAGAAGAACCAAGUGGAGGUACACCCACCCAGAGCACCCUUAUUCCUGGACACGCUCGGUCAGACUCCUCUGGCAGUGCGACUUGGUUUCAUGUUGGGAGUCUUGGGGGUGAAAGAGACGGCUUUGGCUUCUGUUCCUGUCCACCUUAGGCUGGCUGUGGCGGUGACAGGAUUCUGGCUGCGAGAGGCCAGUCCACCUCCCUCACAGCUUCAUCUCCAAGCUCUGCUGCUGGGCAUAGUCUACGGGGAGCUGUCUUUCAACCAAGCUUGUGCUUCCCAGUGCCAAUAUGCUGAGCACAAUGUGUGGAAGGCCCUGGAUCGUCAACGCUUUCGGCCAGGGGACAGGCGGAGCUUGGAUGUUGCAGUGGCUCACUGUUUUAGCCAAUGGCAGGCCUGUCUCUGGAGCGCACUGAGCCUCAAUCACUUGCUGCUGCUCCCCCUGCCUGAACCCCACCUCUCAUGGUUGUUCAGUGGUACAUUGGUCCAUGGCCUCCUCAGAAAUUUGAGAGGAGGAAGAGCUGCUGAAUCCCUGUUACCUCAAGGCUCCAUGUCUGGACAACUCUAUUCCAUCUUGCUGGAUGCAGUCAGGAGCUGCAGCUCCAAACCAAACCCUUCCUCUUCAGCAUCAGGGAGGAGGAAGAAAGGGGGACACAGAGGAAGGAGGGGAAGAGGGCGAGGUGGAAAAGCAGCAGGGGGAGGAGCAAGAGGUACAGAGGAGAUAAACAACAGGUUUUCGCUUCUUAUGAGCGAGGAGGAGUCAGAUUAUGACUGAUGAAGAGGCAAGAAAUAGAUUCCCACAAAACAUGCUCUG